AUGAUGCUCCAAGCAAAUCGAUUACACCUUUUCAUCCUUCUCGCCCUCUUCAAGACAACUCUGCAAAGCACCGUUGAUCCAGCUCAGCUAACAGUCUUCGUAGGUGUUCCCGAGACUCACAAUCUUAGAAGCAAAGUGCCACUCAAGAAUGACACCGAAAUCACUUUCGAGAAGCAGUCAUACGUAGACGUUCUCACCCCGCUAAAAUUCGAAGCAAAAACGCUAGCAGGAAGUGUGCAAUUACGAGGCAGGCAGCCUACAAAUGACUUCGUGCUCAAGCCUGAAGGCUGCUCCUCAGCCAACAGUGAUGACUGCCCGGCAAUACUCAGCGAUUUCUUUAUAAGUGUAACAGUGCUGAAAUCUUCACUGGUAAAUGCUCUGGUGAUGAUAGUUGGAUGGUCGUAUUUUACUGCAUGGAGCGUUUCCUUCUAUCCUCAAAUAGUCUUGAACUACCAAAGAAAAAGUGUUGUCGGCCUUAAUUUCGACUUCUUGGUGCUGAACAUUGUAGGAUUCACAGCAUACUCGGCUUAUAACCUUUUCGUUUACUAUGAUAAAAAUGUACAGAGGAUAUACGAAGAGACGCAUCCGCACAGUCCGAUUCCGGUACUGAUCAACGACGUCUUCUUCGCCACACAUGCCCUCUUCGCAUGUAUCGUGACGGCCGCGCAGUGUUUUAUCUAUGAGCGUGGUAAUCAACGGGUCUCUUAUAUCUGCAUGUCCAUAACAAUCUUCAUGAUAUUGGCCGCCACUGUGUCUGGUGUGGUCACUUCUUUCGGUAUCCUUAACAUGCUGCAGUUCGUCACCGGUUUAUCGUACAUUAAAAUGGCUGUCACUUUAUUCAAAUACAUACCACAGGCUCUGCUCAAUUUCCGAAGAAAAAGCACCGUCGGCUGGUCCAUCGGCAAUGUUCUGCUUGACUUCACGGGAGGAUGUCUCGAUAUUCUUCAAAUGGUUCUCCAGUGUUGGAAUGUGGACGAAUGGUCGGCGUUCUAUGGAAAUCCCGUGAAAUUCGGUCUGGGCCUGGUCUCAACAUCUUUCGACAUCCUCUUCAUCAUUCAACACUACGUUCUCUACCCACACAAGACAGCAACGUCCCGAACAGAUCCGGAAAAGAGCGACCGUCAAGAGAUGAGUGAUAGGUCGGAGACAGAAAAGUUGAGCGCCAGUGACCGACAUUCGAACUCUAAGAGCACAGAAAAGAGUAGUAGCAGCCAACAUGCCAGUAGUAGGUGA